AUGUCGAUAUCGGUUCCGAUCGAAAAACUCCAGCUAGAAAAACUUCUUGAUGAGAGGGUAUUCGUGAAAUGGGUUAAUGAAUCAGGAACAACAUUGACACUAGGUUCUUGCUUGCAUGACAACAAGCAGACACCUGGUUUCUUUAUGACUGUAUAUCGUGGUAUAGAAGGACGGAUUCAUAUUCAUUUCAAGCUUCAGGUGUUUAUUAAGCUUGCUGGCAAGAAACAACAGAUAGAUUUAUUAUUAGUUGUUCCUCCAGAUGCCGAUUUUGCGAAUGCCUCGACACCUUAUCCAAUAUCGAGUAUUGAUUUAUCUCACGACGUUUCUGCUAUUCACGAAGCCGGUUUAAGCAAUGCACAGCAUGUUUUCCUUCUACAAUUCAAUCUCACCACGAAGGGAUUUGUCGUUACAAAGAAGAAAACUACUACAAUCAGACCUCACACCACGACUACAAACAUGUUGAUUCGUAGCCUUGAGUCUCUGUCUAAUACUACAAUUUUCAGUGUAUAUAUCAGGCCAAGUACGUAUGCGAAAGUGCACCUGGAACAACUUCGUAUGCAUGUUAGUGAAACUGCAACCAAUACCUACAAAACUAACUUGAAGGAAAUGUAUUUUCAACAAGGGGCUAUUUUACUAGAAUGGGAUAAAUUCGUAUAUAAGGAGCAACAACGUCCAAUACCACCACCAUACGCUCAGCCAUCUCCGGCACAGAGUCCUCGGUCACCGUCACCAUACGCUCAGCCAUGUCCAGAAGUACAAGUUCCUCGGUCACCACCACCAUACGCUCAACCAUCUCCGGCACAGAGUCCUCGGUCACCGUCACCAUACGCUCAGCCAUGUCCAGAAGUACAAGUUCCUCGGUCACCGCCACCAUACGCUCAGCUAUCUCCAGAUGCGCAGGUUUCUCAGUCAUCACUCGUCAUUCUUAAAGAAAUGAUUGAAGAGACACCGCCUCGAUUCCCAGCUAGUCCCAACUCUACAUCGGUACAUGGCAUUUUUUCUGGCUGUGAAGAGUCAUCAGAUAGCGAAGUGAACUUGGACGAUAUCGAAAAGCCUAUCAGUAUAGACUUCGAUGUGGAUUCGGAUGAAGAAGAGCUUGCCAAAGAACAGUUUGCCAACUUGAAUCCCCGAGAACCAAAUCAUCAAGUCGAUUAUGAUUUAGAAACGUCACAGAUGCUUAAAUCGAAGUUGGAGAACUGGAUAGAAACAGUACUACCGAUAAACUUCAAUAUUCACCAUCACACACGUUUAAGUACUAAGUUAUCAAUUCUUGGUAAUUGUAUUCGUAUAUCAAAUACUAAUGUAUUUGAUGUUACUUUACUUUGGUGUUCUGCAUUGUUUUUCUACGAUCCAUAUGACUCUGAUUCUGAUAAUGCUUUUGGAUUAUGGGGAAGGAGAAAUUCAUGGCUCAUCCGAGAUAUAGUGGAACAGAUUCAAUGGACUAAUAAAAUGUGUAAUAGUACUGAAUUAAGCUCGGAAUUAUUAGAGCAGUUCAUAAAGCUGGGUCAAGCUGCUCGUACUCUUGCUCUAGACAUUUUGUACAAUAAAGGCGUUUAUUUCAAGCAGAAAAGUGUUUUUAUCGCUUAUGUAUUAGCGGAGUUUAGCAAGCCGAGUAGGAAGCCUGUUUCUCGAAAAAGAUUGGAGAUUGAUGGUAGUGCAUCUAAGCGGGUGAAGAUGUAA